UUCUUAUAGAUAGGAUGAUUUUUAUUAGUUGAGUAAAAAUAUCCCCAGCGAUACCGCUUCCCCGCCACUUCUCCCUCUCGACUUCGAUGGCUUCGUCACUCCUACCGGGCCUCCACCGGCCUCCGGCCAAAUCAAGCUUCCCCUUCCCAUUCCAACCACGAAAAUAUCCCAGCCCUAUCCCUAGGACUACCUCAUCCCCAAGAUCUCCCAUCUUCGCCUCCCUUUCAUCGUCCUCCUCUUCCUCCUGGGAGCGGGAGGAGCAGCGAUGGCUUCGGGAGGAGCAGCGCUGGCUCAGGGAAGAGCAGCGCUGGCUACGGGAGGAGUCCCGGUGGGGUGCCGAGCGCGAGGCCCUCCUCCGCGAGAUCGCCGCCCUCCGCCUCCAGAUCGAGGCCCUGGAGCGAGACCGGCCCGAGCUCGAGGCCAUGAUCCUGGCGGCCCCGCAGAAUGAGGGACGGUCCGGGGCCGCCCCGCCGCGGCCAGCGCUAGUGGAGGAGGCCCAGGUCAAGGAGAUGGUUCUUGAGGAGGUAAGAGUUUCGGAAGCCGUGGUGGAGAGGAGAGAGGAGGUGGUGGUGGAGGAGAGGCAGCAGCAGCAAAUCCGGCGGAAGACGCUUAGGAAGGGAUCCGAGGGAGAGGAUGUUCGAACCUUGCAGGAAGCUUUGCAAAGCUUGGGGUUUUAUUCAGGUGAGGAAGACAUGGAGUUCUCAUCCUUUUCAAGCGGGACAGAACGUGCAGUGAAAACUUGGCAGGCCUCGUUAGGUGCUCUCGAAGAUGGGAUUAUGACAACCGAGCUUCUUGAAACGUUAUUUAGGGAGCAGGGUAAGGGGGGCACUGCCUUGAAGGAUGAUGCAAAUGGAGCAAUGUCCACAUCUAUAACAGAAAUGACAGAGAUUCAGCGGAAAGUAGUGAGAGAAAAUGGUGAUGCACAAUUUGAUGUUUCUCAACACAGAGUGUUUCUUCUGGGGGAAAACAGGUGGGAAGAACCAUCAAGGCUUGUGGGUAGGGAUAAACCACUUGACGGAAGGGAGACUGCAUCUCUUACAAAGUGUGUCUCUUGCCGAGGGGAAGGCAAAUUGAUGUGCACAGAGUGUGACGGAACCGGCGAACCAAAUAUUGAACCACAGUUUCUGGAGUGGGUUGAUGAAGGUACAAAGUGCCCAUACUGUGAUGGAUUAGGCUACACCAUUUGUGAUGUUUGUGAAGGUAGGACGACAGUGGAAGCGUAGCUAUUUAUGGAAACAUUGGAGUUCCCCACAUGUUAGAUGAAAGCUAAUACAUGAUACGUACAUGGGAUUUUUUGCAUGUAUCCCUAAAUUUCCCCAAAGUUGUAACUUAAGACAGGAAAAAUGUGAAAAUGCAUUUAUGU